CAGCCAUGGAGCGCCUCUCGCCCGCCGCGCUCCUCCUGCUGCUCCUGCUGGCCGCGAAGCCCGCGCCCGGCGCCUCGGAGAGCCCCAAAGCCAAGGCCAAAGCCCUGCGCCAGAGGGAGGUGGUGGACGUGUAUAAUGGGAUGUGUUUGCAAGGACCUAAUGGUGUUCCUGGAAGAGAUGGAAAUCCUGGAGUCAACGGUAUCCCUGGGACACCUGGUAUCCCUGGUCGAGAUGGGCUUAAAGGAGAAAAAGGAGAAUGUAUGCGAGAGAGAUUUGAAGAAUCCUGGACUCCCAACUAUAAACAGUGUUCUUGGAGCGCUCUGAACUAUGGCAUAGACCUUGGAAAAAUUGCAGAAUGUACAUUCACAAAGAUGCGCACUAACAGUGCUUUAAGAGUUCUCUUCAGUGGAUCACUUCGACUCAAAUGCAGAAAUGCCUGUUGCCAACGCUGGUAUUUUACGUUUAAUGGAGCUGAGUGUUCUGGACCACUUCCUAUUGAGGCUAUAAUUUAUUUAGAUCAAGGAAGUCCAGAAUUAAAUUCCACUAUUAAUAUACACCGCACUUCUUCAGUGGAAGGAUUAUGUGAAGGAAUUAGUGCUGGCUUGGUGGAUGUUGCCAUUUGGGUUGGCACUUGCUCAGACUACCCAAGAGGAGAUGCUUCAACUGGAUGGAACUCAGUUUCCCGCAUCAUUAUAGAAGAAUUACCAAAAUAGAAUGCUCUUCCCAAGGCUCACC